GUGAAGUUUAGCUCUUGUCACGUAAAUACAAUAUUAUGUAUCCAUAUAUAUGGAUAAGGCUGAGGAAACUUUUCAAAAGACUUUGGCAUCGCAAUCUUAAUUCAAAACGUGAGCGAAGCACGUCUUUCUCAUCGCUGCAAGAGUGCUUGGAGCAACCAGCCAGCCACACGGUCUUGUGGAGUAAUUGGUUCCUGCUGUUAUUGAUCGCACCACCAUUAUACUACUUUGGCUUCGUUCAGAUCUGGUGGCAAUAUGAUUCAGAAUCAAGGCUUUCUUCUAAACAGUCUUUCAGCCCCGUAACGCAAAAGACGUUGAUGCCCUUGCCAUAUUAUGAUGAAGAAUCAACCAAUCUUCCUAAUGUUCGUCAGUCGGCACUUCCAGCUUAUAUUCGAACAGCGAUUCAAUCAGCAAUCAGCUCGUCAAAUAAAGUAACCACACCUUGGUGUCGGUUCCGGAUCAAUAAAACUGACACUGUAGUGCGGUUUGGCGAAAUGUCAAGUAACCAAACUUACGGAAAAUUAGUGAAAUUGGGUGGUUGCCACGCCCCGCAGCUGUGCAGAUCUAGACACAAAGUGGCCGUCAUUAUACCAUUCAGGAAUCGCCAUAUCAAUCUAGCCAUCUUCCUUUUCAACAUCCACCCAUUUUUGAUAAAUCAGAUGUUGGAAUACAGAAUAUUUGUCGUCGAACAGAGUGGCAAGGAGUUGUUCAACAAGGGGCGGCUUUUCAACGUCGGUUAUGUGGAAGCAAUGAAGUUGGGCAAAUGGGAUUGUAUGGUAUUUCAUGAUGUCGACAUGCUGCCGAUGAGCAAACACAUCAUGUAUAGCUGCCCCGUCUGGCCCAGGCACAUGUGCGGCACAGUGGUGGACAGUGAGAAGAGCGUUUCGACAUUUCACACUUUUUUCGGUGGUGUCAGUUCUAUGUCGACGAAACAAUUCGCCAGUGUUAAUGGCUACUCUAAUUUGUACUGGGGCUGGGGUGGUGAAGAUACAGAUAUGUUCUGGAGAAUUAGGGCAGCCGGUUUUCCAAUGGUACGAUACCAGAAAGAUAUUGCAAAAUAUUUAUCUUUACCACAUGAUAAGAUGCCAGAAUGUAAAAAUAGGAAUGAGUUGGUGAAAACUGCUAUUGGUAGAUACUCUUACGAUGGAUUGACAACAUUAAGCUACAGACUGUUAUCGAUAAAAUUACUACAUCUCUAUACUCAUAUUUUCGUCGAUAUUAAUCCUGGUUCAAAUAAUACUACAACCGCGUUUAGAACAGUGGAUAUUAUUCAUUAGUUAUUUUUUGUUGAUUAGGAGCUUGCGCAGAAAUCGCCAAAACAAAGUUAUGCAUACAACGGAACGUCAAAUAAUCGCGUGUUGCCAACGAUGUUACUUUUACCUCAAAUAAGGAAAACAUAAAGUAAGACUAGCCUGUGGAUUAGUUUUUCACUCCAAUGCAGCAUUUAAAAUCAUUGUAG